UUUAUUUUCUGCCAGUGAGUCGGAAAAUUCGGACUCAACACGAACCAAAAUAUCAUCUCUUCGCUGUACUGAGCAGGAGGAGGAGGAGGAAGAGGAGGAAUUUCCUUCCAUUUUUACUGUUAUUUGAGUGUUGUCGCGAUCGCCUUCCUCUGCGUGAGCGAUCGAGAGGAUUCUGAUGGCGACUCUGAGAGUCAGGCCGCCGCUGUACCAAUUCCGACGAACGUACCCGAGGUUCGUCCACAAGCUCGGCGGAUCGAGGCCUUCCAGCUUGAGCUUCUCCCGGAGCGUCUCGGAUUUCCGGUGCUUGUGCAACUGCAAGCUCAGGGGGAGGUUUAGGGUGAGUGCAGGCCUCGCGGAGUCUUUCGUUGAAGCGGCGGAGGCUGCCGCGUCGGAGGAGGUCGUCCUCAGGGAGACGUAUCCCUUGAAGGUCACGCAGAAGGUAGAGGGGAAGGUAUAUGUGAGGGUUGAUAAUGGGAAAGAUGAUUUGAAUUGGAAGCUUACAAUAGGAUGCAAUCUGCCAGGGAAGUGGGUCUUGCAUUGGGGCGUCACUUACAAUGACGAAAUUGGCAGUGAAUGGGAUCAACCUCCUGCUGAGAUGAGACCUCCAGGAUCUGUUCCGAUUAAGGACUAUGCAGUGGAGACAUCUUUGAGGAAAUCAACUUCAUCUGAUGGAGAGCAAGAACUUCAUGAAAUUCAGAUUGAUGUCAGCAAUAGUUAUUCGAUUGCUGCUGUACAUUUUGUUCUAAAGGAAGAAGAAACAGGAGCUUGGUAUCAACAUCGAGGGGGGGAUUUUAGAGUUCAUUUUGUCAAUUCUGAUCCUGCUGAUGGUCAUAUUGACUCUAAUGAUAAAAGCUUUCAGAUAUGGCCAGUUUUGGACCAAAUGUCUAACAUGCUGCUCAAAACAAAGGGGUCUCAAUCAAAAGGUCAAGGGGAGAAGAAGAUGAAGCAAAAUGAUGGAAUCUAUGAGGAGUACCCCAUUUUAAAAGAAACGAUAGUUGAUGGUUUUUUGAGCAUUUCCGUUCAAGAGAGCAAAGAGAUGAAAAAACAUCUUGUGUUUUUUGAUACCGAUCUUUCUGGUGAUAUCAUUGUUCACUGGGGUGUUUGCAAAGAUGACAAGAAAAGAUGGGAAAUCCCAAGUGGUCCUCAUCCUCCAAAGACACAUAUUUUCCGUAAAAAAGCACUCCGAACUUUUUUACAGCCAAAAGAAGAUGGAAGUGGCAGCUGGGGCUUGUUUUCUCUGGAUAGGAAGCUUUCAGGAUUAUUAUUUGUCUUAAAAGUUAAUGAAUACACUUGGGUGAAUAACAUGGGGAAUGAUUUCUAUAUUCCCCUUCAAAGUCAAUCGAGUCUAUCAACCCUGAUGGAAGAGAUUUUGGAAGAAGCUGAAAAUGAAAAAUUUGUGACAACUGGGGAGUCUGAUUUAGCAAUAACUGAUGGAGCACUAAGUAAAGAUGAAUCAUCUUUCACAGAUGGGACUGUCCUUGGGACAUCUGAAAACGAAGAUGAAGGAGCCACUGAUGUACAAUAUACAAAUGAAAUUAUUAAUGAAAUUAGGAACUUGGUUAGUGAUAUCUCUGCUGAAAGGAGCAUAAAUACCAAGAGCAAAGAAGCACAUGAAAGCAUCCUUCAGGAAAUUGAGAAGCUUGCUGCUGAAGCGUACAGUAUUUUCAGAAGUUCUCGUCCCACAUUUUCAGAGGAGACCAUAGCUGAAGUCGAGGCUUCAAAGGAAGUAGCAGUAUCCUCUGGAACUGGGACAGGUUAUGAAAUACUUUGCCAGGGUUUCAACUGGGAAUCUAAUAAAUCUGGAAAAUGGUAUCUUGAGAUGCAUGAUAAAGCUGCAGAACUGGCUUCACUUGGUUUCACAGUAGUCUGGUUGCCUCCCCCAACAGAGUCUGUUUCACCUGAAGGAUACAUGCCGAAGGAUUUAUACAACUUGAACUCAAGGUAUGGAACUAUGGAGGAAUUAAAAAGCCUUGUUGCAAGGUUCCAUGAUGUGGGGAUUAAAGUUCUGGGUGAUGUUGUCUUAAAUCAUCGGUGUGCACAUUCUCAGAACCAAAAUGGCAUCUGGAAUGUCUUUGGUGGUAAACUAGCUUGGGAUGCUCGAGCUAUCGUAGCUGAUGAUCCACAUUUCCAGGGGAGGGGUAACAAAAGCAGUGGUGAUAAUUUUCAUGCAGCCCCAAAUAUUGACCAUUCACAGGAGUUUGUGAGGAACGAUAUAAAAGAAUGGCUCUGUUGGUUAAGGAAAGAAAUAGGAUAUGAUGGAUGGAGGUUGGACUUUGUUAGGGGCUUCUGGGGAGGAUAUGUCAAGGAUUAUAUGAACGCAAGUGAGCCAUAUUUUGCUGUUGGAGAGUAUUGGGAUUCCCUCUGUUAUACAUAUGGUAACAUGGAUCACAAUCAAGACGCACAUAGGCAACGCAUCGUUGACUGGAUUAAUGCAACAAAUGGAACUGCUGGAGCAUUUGAUGUCACUACUAAGGGGAUUCUUCAUUCUGUUCUGGACAAAUGUGAGUAUUGGCGGUUAUGUGAUCAGAAGGGGAAGCCUGCGGGAGUUGUUGGCUGGUGGCCGUCACGUGCAGUCACAUUUAUUGAGAACCAUGACACUGGCUCCACACAGGGGCAUUGGAGGUUCCCUGCUGGGAAAGAAAUGCAAGGAUAUGCGUACAUUCUGACACAUCCAGGCACACCGGCAGUGUUCUAUGAUCACGUUUUUUCACACCUAAGGGGAGAAAUUGCAGCUCUCAUAUCAUUGCGGAACCGUGCUCAGAUCCAUUGCCGGAGUACUGUUCAAAUAAACAGAGCAGAAAGGGACGUGUAUGCAGCUACAAUUGAUGACAAAGUUGUGAUGAAAAUUGGACCAGGUUACCAUGAGCCCCCAAGGGGCUCCAAGAAUUGGAUUUUGAGUCUUCAGGGCAAAGACUACCAAAUUUGGGAGGCGUUAUGAACACGUAUAUGAAUCAAAUUUAGGCUUAUAAUGCAGGUCUCUUUCUCACAUUAAAUAUGUAUAGAACACUUCCCCUGUAGCCAAUUACAUCAUUCAUCGUUAUUCUUGUAUUUGGGGGGCUUUAUUUGUCCCUUUUAGUCCUACUCUCUCUCUCUCUAUAUAUAUAUAGAUAUAUGUCAUUCCUUGCAUGGUAUGUGUCUACUGUAGAGAGAGAGAGAGAGAACAAACUGGUUGUGCAUAAUGUUUUAUUUAAUAAUACAUCUAUACGUAUAAAUUCA